CCCCCGCGUUGGUCGGGUACGAACAAAAUACGAGGUCCGGCGAAAACUGAACUUACAAAAGUCAACUGAAGUUGGAGAAUUGGCACAACAUGGGUUUAAUCUUAUCUGCCCAAGUGCAUGUAACACCAUAAUAAGGAAGAUGUAAAGAACCCAGAGGGGAACCUGUUGAUGAGAACCGGCCGGGGUCUUGAGAUUGCAAGAAACGACAGAAAAAUUAUCAAAAAUGGAAAUACACUCUGAUAGUGGGAACUAUUCUGUGGUAGCCGAGAUAGGAACUGGUGCCUAUGGUACUGUGUACAAGGCGAGGGACACAGAGAAUGGAAAAGUUGUUGCCCUUAAGAAGGUCCGUCUACAUACAGGAGAAGACGGUAUGCCGAUGUCAACACUUAGAGAGAUUGGUCUCUUAAAACAUCUCGGAAAGUUGGAGCCCAAAAAUAUUGUCAAGUUAAUAGAUGUUUGCUACGGAGGGUUGACAGGAAGUCAUGAGUUGAAUUUAACGCUAGUAUUUGAGUACAUUGAUCAAGAUCUAUCGACGUACCUGGAGAGAUGUCCUCCACCUGGUCUGGAUCCAGCUAAGAUAAAGGAUCUGGCGCACCAGUUGAUAACUGGUGUUGAUUUCCUCCAUUCGCAUCGGAUCAUUCACAGAGAUCUCAAGCCACAGAAUAUUCUUGUGACUUGCGACGGUCAACUCAAACUGGCAGACUUUGGCCUGGCGAGGGUGUACGGCUUCCAGAUGGCACUCACGUCUGUGGUUGUUACUCUAUGGUAUCGAGCCCCAGAGGUUUUGUUGCAGUCCACCUAUGCCACUCCGGUUGACCUGUGGAGUGUUGGCUGUAUAUUUGCCGAGUUGUUUAGAAGAAAACCAUUGUUUUGUGGGACGUCAGAUGUAGACCAACUCUAUAAGAUAUUUGAUCUGAUCGGUCUGCCACAUGAAGAUGAUUGGCCGGAUGUGUCACUACCUUGGAGCUCAUUCCAUCCAUCACCGCCACGCCCUCUGAACAACUACAUUGAUGGUAUAUGCCCAGAGGGGCUUGAUCUACUACAGAAACUGCUUUUCUUCGGUCCGGACGAUCGCCUGACCGCUACGGAAUCUCUCACUCACAGCUACUUCCAGGAUGAGUUGGGUCAAGACAGUCCUGAUUCUGUUGCCGAGGCAACCGGUAGUUCCCAGUCGUCGGUGGAAUCUGGCAGUCAGGGGUGAUCAUCUUAAGAGAUGCAUUCGCUGGUCGAGGAUCACUGUCGGUGGUUAUUAAUAAACCACGACCGUCUUGAGAAAUCCACAUGAGGGCAUUUAUAUUCUUAGUGAAUCAAUGUCAUACUGGCACGAAGCUAGGCCUAAUUUCAUAAUGCUGUUAAGCAGGAAAUACUGCUUAACAAAUCUUUUGCUUAGUAGAAAUUGAGUGGGGCAGUAGUCACAACAGUGUAAACUUCAUGUAACCUUUGCUGGUAACCUGUUUCUGUUGUGUGUCAGCGUCAUUCUCAUGGCACUAAGCUCGGCCGAAUCUCAUUAAGCUGUUGAGCAGAAAAUACUGCUUAAAACUUUUUUGCUUAGCACAAAUUUAGUGGAGCACCAGUCACAACAGU